AUUGCAACAGACCACGGAGAAGUCUUCUGUGACCUAUUUUGGUUGGCAUCAUCUGAGGUCCUCUGAGGGGUUGCAUCAUCUCUUCUCAGGUGUUCUGGAUCCAGACUGAUGCUUGUGUAGAUCAUAGUUACCACGGAAUGUCAAUCAGAAACAGAGAAGGUAAUAGAGACAUAAUUAGCGUAGCUGCUGUUCCAACCAAGCAAAAUGAAUUUGUUCAACCCAAGCUAAAGAAUAAUAAUGGCCCGGUUUCACAGACAGGGCUUAGAGUAAGCCAGGAUUAGAUCAAAGUUCGAUCAGGACAUUUAAGCAAUUUUUACGAACGUGCUUAGAAAAAAAAAUACAUUACUGGUGUGCAUCUUGAGACAAAACAAAGGAACUGAUAUAUUUUAAGAUCAGUCAGUGCUAGUUUCUUUCAGUUGAAACAGCUCAGAAUUACAUUUUAGUCUGGGACUAGGCUUAAGCCUGGUCUGUGAAACCGGGGAAUGUGCAUUUGAUCAGAUAUAACUGCGCUCAGUGUGAAACGGCCUUUAGGGAGCGUGAUGGAUUGUUGCGUGGUAGAAGACUAGUUAGGUACGCAGGUGCUAACCCAUUAAGGGCUUUAUAGGUAAGUAAUAAUAUUUUGUAACUGAUACGGAACUUAAUAGGUAGCCAGUGCAGAGACUUUAAACUUUAAAGACCUGCCAUGCACUGCAUUACACUGUGUGUGUGUGUGUGUGUGUGUGUGUCUGAGAGAGAGAGACUCUACAGGAGCAGGAAUGAGGAAGCAGCUUCCUUUUUUUACUCAUGUGACUCAAACACAGAAACAGGAAACACGUGUGUUCAGGAAAAGAGAAGCUGAAGUGUAGUUGAGCUGUUGUGUGUUUGUGUCUCUGUAUUCAUGCAGCAAAAUGGCAGAAGCCAGAGUUUCUCAGGAUGAGUUCUUUUGUCCAGUGUGUCUGGAUCUCCUGAAGGAUCCAGUGGCCAUUCCCUGUGGACACAGUUACUGUAAGAGCUGUAUUACAGGCUGCUGGGAUCAGGAGGAUCAGAUGAGAGUCUACAGCUGCCCUCAGUGCAGACAGACCUUCAGUCCAAGACCUGCUUUAGCUAGAAACACCAUGCUGGCUGAAGUGGUGGAGAAACUGAAGAAGACCAAACUCUCUGCUGACUGUGACGCUGGAGCUGGAGAUGUGCAGUGUGACGUCUGUACUGGAAGAAAAUACAAAGCUGUCAAGUCCUGUCUGGUGUGUCUGAACUCUUACUGUCAGAAUCACCUCAAACAACAUGAGAGUUCGUUUAAAGGAAAGAGACACAAUUUGAUUGAAGCCACUGGACGACUGCAGGAGAUGAUCUGCCAGAAACAUGAGAAGCUCCUCGAGGUUUUCUGUCGCACUGAUCAGAAAUGUAUAUGUAUGCUGUGUAUGAUUAUUGAACAUAAAAACCAUGACAUUGUAUCAGCUGCAGCACAGAGGACAGAGAAACAGAAGCAGCUGAAGGAGACACAGAAGUCGCUCCAGCAGAGAAUCCAGCAGAGAGAGAAAGAUCUUCAGCAGCUGAGAGAGGCUGUGGAGUCUCAUAAGCGCUCUGCACAGACAGCAGUGGAGGACAGCGAGAGGAUCUUUACUGAGCUCAUCCGCUCCAUUGAGAGACGCCGCUCUGAGCUGAUACGGCUGAUCAGAGAUCAGGAAAAGCAAGCAGUGAGUCGAGCUGAAGGACGACUGGAGCGACUGGAGCAGGAGAUCAAUGAUCUGAGGAGGAGAGACGCUGAGCUGGAGCAGCUUUCACACACACAGGAUCACAUCCAGUUCCUGCAGAGUUUCCAGUCUCUCUCAGCUCCUCCUGAAUCUACAGACGUAAAUGAUGAUCUCUUCAGUUGUCUCGUCUCUUCUGAUGCUCUGAGAGAAUCUGUCCAUCAGCUGAGAGACAAACUGGAGGAUUUCUGCAAAGAGGAGCUCAAGAAGAUCUCAGACAGAGAAACAUUCACCAACAUUGUUCUCUGGACCAGGAAGGACUUCCUACAAUAUUCCCAUCAGUUCACUCUGGAUCUGAACACAGUGAAUAAACUCCUCCUUCUGUCUGAGAGAAACAGAGUGAUUACUAACACUGGCACAGAUCAGUCGUAUCCUGAUCAUCCAGACAGAUUUGAUAAUAACUGUCAGGUGUUGUGUAGAGAGAGUGUGUGUGGACGCUGUUACUGGGAGCUGCAGUGGAGUGGAGAUUAUGUGUGUAUAUCAGUGUCAUAUAAGAGCAUCAGCAGGAAGGGAGAUGGUGAUGAGUGUUUCUUUGGAUCUAAUGAUCAGUCCUGGAGUUUGGUCUGCUCUCGCUCCAGUUGCUCAUUCACACACAAUAACAUAGAGACUCGUCUCCCUGUGAAGUCCAUCAUCAGGAGAAUAGGAGUGUUUGUGGAUCACGGUGCAGGAACUCUGUCCUUCUACAGCGUCUCUGACACAAUGAGCCUCAUCCACACAGUCCAGACCACAUUCACUCAGCCGCUCUAUCCUGGGUUUUGGGUUGAUUAUAAAUCAUCAGUGAAACUGUGUUGAUGAAUCAGAAUAGACUGAUGAGAGAUUCUACCCAUAAUGCUUUGAGCUGCAUGAUGAAUCAGUAACAGUGAGAUGUUAUAAGCUGUAUCCAAAAUCGUUCACUCAUUCACUAAUAGUGUAUGGCAGUUGAGUGCACUAUAUCAGAAAGGAGUGAAUGAAAUAAGUGAACGGAUUCGGAUGGUGGCGUAUACACUGCGUGUGAAACUUGGAGCCAUUGCAAAAACAUCUUCGUCACAUUGUAUGUACUUUUAUAUUGCAUGUACUGUACCUUAUUUUAGAAAAUAAUAUUAAUAGCAAUAACACUCAAAAUGACUUUAUAUUGUAAUUAUACAUACCUCCAAGUCAGCUAUUAAAUACUAUUAAAAUACUGAGAACAAAAAUAAACACACAUUAACACGUUCAUAAUUUUAUGUAUUUAUUAUUUUGAGUAUCUUAAAACUCUCCCGAGCAGUGUUUUGAGCUCAGAUAAGAUAAUGUUGUUGUAACGGAGCCGUCAAGACGUGAGGCAAGCGGAUCCAAGUGCAAGCUUUUAUUAGUAAACAUAGUCAAAACACAGGCAGGGUCCAACAACAGCAAACGGGUAUGGCACGGGCAAGGCACAAGAGUAAUCCUAGGGCAAGCGUGGAUCUUCGAUCGGCAAACAGUACAAACAGUACCUCUGCGAACAAUAUUCAGAGGGAUUGACAAGAGGGGUAAUCCGAUAACACGACCAAUAGUCCAGACGAGGUGCAAACAGAGUCCGAAACAGCAGGCAAAGGGUAAUCCAAGAUACACAGGCAGAAGAUCAGGAAACAGGCAACAAGGCAACACGAAAUGACUAGACUUAGAUUAGAACUGAAACUAGAAACGUGGAAUGGCUCCUUUGUGUAGCUAUUCCAUGUAGCAGGGAAAGUCGUGGCAUAAUAGUUAGAGAGUUGGACUUGUAACCCAAAGGUUGCGGGUUUGAGUCUCAGGACCGGCAGGGAUUGUAGGUGAGGGUAGUGAAUAACCAGCGCUCUCUCCACCCUCAAUACCACGAUUGAGGUGCCCUUGAGCAAGGCACCGAACCCCCAACUGCUCUAGCAUUGGCUGCCCACUGCUCCGGGUGUGUGUUCACAGUGUGUGUGUGUGUGUGUGUGUGUGUUCACUGCUGUGUGUGUGCACUUUGGAUGGGAUAAAUGCAGAGCACUAAUUCUGAGUAUGGGUUACCAUACUUGGCCACAUGUCACGUCAUUUCACUCACUUUCACUUUAAGUCACUAUCGCUAGACAAUACUUGGCAGCUUGAGAACGAUAUGAGUGAGUAUAAUAUAGUGUGUGAUUGACGGCAGGUGAGUCCAAUUAGUGCAAUGGAACAUGGGAAAUAUAGUCCAGGGUGAUAUAUAACAGUCUGUGUGGUGUGAGAGUCAAUAUGAUGGAAGAGUGACCUCUGGUGGCGAGUGGAUGGAAGACCACGAACCGGAUUCGUGACAGUCGAGCGCCCUCAGGCGACCGUUAAUUUUACAUUAGAAUGAAUACGCUACCCACAGGUGAUUAACGAACAUUUUUAAAUUAUCCACCAAAUUGUCAUUUUUGUAAGUUAGCAAUCAACGACGCCACCUCAGUAAAUUAGUAAAAUAUUAAACUGAGUUAUUGCCUACAUAAUAUAUUUUAAUAUGAAUAAUGUAUGAAAUAAACGUUAAAGCAGAAAUAAGACAGAUGUAAACAACAUCUCUCAUUCAAACUCGCUCCCGCGCUCUUUUCCAGCUCGGCGGUUCUCCGCAUUGGAUUGUGAGAAAUAGUGCUUCAGUGAGUGUACAUCGGUUGUACCAUAGAUAUGUAUACAUGUCUAUGGGUUGUACACUCGAAAUCAGAAUGAAUUGUGGGUAAAAAGUACAGCAGUUUUAUAAUUAUUAUUAUUUUUUCUUAAUGUUAAUAUUUCAAGUAAAUGCUAUGUGUAUAUUGUUAUGUUUAUAACAAGUUUAAUAAAAACAGUUAAAAAAAAAAAAAGUACAGCGGUUUUGCCCUUUUGGGCCCCAAAGAUGGUUUUACCGCACAAAACCCACUCAGGGCCCCUGUGGGUUAGCCCAUGCGGGGUCCAUUGCAGUUUGCUCAUUUGGGGCCCUAUGAGGAUUUUCUGUGUUUUUCACAUUUUGUUAUGUUGCAGCCUUAUGUUAAACUGUUUUAAAUUACUUUUUUCCACAUCAAUCUGCACUCCAUACACCAUAAUGGCAAAGCAAAAAUAGAACUGUCACAACUUUGUAAAUUUAUAAGUAUUCAAACUCUUAACUCAGUACUUAGCUGAAGCACCUUUACCUGAAGCCCUUCUCCAUCAAUUGCUCAGUUUGGCCAGGAGGCCUGCUCUAGGAAGAGUCCUGGUUGUUCCAAACGUCUUCCAUUAUGGAAAAUGGAGACUACAUGCUUCUGUGAACCUUCAAUACAGCAGAAUUUUUUUUUCUGAACUCUUCCCCAGAUUGGUUUGAUGCAAUCCUGUCUCUGAGCUCUACAGGCAAUUUUCUGACCUCAGGGCUUGGUCUUUGCUCUAAUAUGCAUUUUCAGCUGUUAGAUCUUUUAUUAAGACGUGUGCCUUUCCAAAUCAUACCAUUCAGUUGAGUUUCCCGCAGGUUAACUUCACUUAAAGUGUGGUAACAUUUACAAACAAAAUGAAUGUUCCUGAGCUAAAUUUCAACUGUCACAGAUAAGGGUAUGAAUACUUAUGCAAUUAAAUCAUUUAAGUUUUUUUUAUCUUUAAUAAAUUUGCAAAGAUGUUAAAAACCUGUUAUUUGCUUUGUCAUUAUGGUGUAUGGAGUGUAGAUUGAUGAAAAAAGUCAUUUAAAGCAGUUUAACAUAAGGCUAUAACAAAAGUAAAAAAAAAAAAAGGGGGUUUGAAUACUUUCGCAUAUAUAAUGAAUUUGUGUUUGUCAAUGCAUUUAAAUUGUGUAAUAUACAUAAAUUAUAAUAGUAUACAUUGUUUUUGUUGUAAUACAAUGCAUUUAUAUUUGUAUAUAAAUACAUUGUAGGCUAUUAUUAAAUAAAAUUAGUUUAUUUGAUAAAAUACAAUGUGAAUAAACAGAUCAUUCACUGAUUUGUUCAUUUAUUCAUUGUUAUUGCUGGUAUUGAUUGGUGAUGUAAUAAUUUAUUAAAUAUUUCUAAAAGGAAAAAGUAAUAUUUAUUAAUAUAAUAAAUUAUAUUAGCGUGUCAGCUCUUAAGCACGUGAUUAA